CUCAGGUCAGCAGCGAGCGGAGUGAACAGAGCAAGGAGGAGGAAGAGCAGAGAAGGCGGCCGGCGUACAUGUCUUGCGCGGUGGCACCGGGCUCCCCGGUCUUCUCCCCGUCCCGCCUGCUCCUCCCCGGCGCGCCGGACCACCACCACGGCGCCUCCAACAGCCCCUUCCUCCCGGCCUCACCGCUCCGCUUCUUCGCCCUCCGCGCGCGCAUCCGCCCGGACCCGCCGUGCGCCAAGCCCCAGCCGCAGCCGCAGCCGCCCGCUCCGACUACUCCGACUGCUGCCCCCGCGCUCAAGCGGCGCCGCCCGGCGCCUCUCCUCGUCCCCGUCGCCGUCCCCGCCCCGCCGCCGGUGCUCGCUGCGGCGAAUGGGGCGAUGACGGACGAGGUGGCCGAGCAGGGAGACGGCUUCGCGGCCUACUGCCGCAAGGGCAAGGGCCGGAAGCGCGUCGAGAUGGAGGACCGCCACGUCGCGGCCGUCGCGCUCGGCGGGGACCGCGGGCAGGCCCUGUUCGGGGUGUUCGACGGGCACGGCGGGAAGAGCGCGGCGGAGUUCGCCGCGGGGAACAUGGCCCGGAUCAUGGCGGAGGAGCUGAAGCGAGGGGGAGGGGCGGAGGAGGCGGCGAGGCGGGCGUACCUGCGCACCGACCAGGAGUUCUCCUGCUCCUCCGCCGAAGACGUGGAGGCUCCCAGCGGCGGCGCGUGCUGCGUGACGGCGCUGCUCCGCGAGAGCGGCAACGGGCGGCGGCAGCUGGUGGUGUCCGGCGCCGGGGACUGCCGCGCCGUGCUGAGCCGCGGCGGCAGGGCGGAGGCGCUCACCGACGACCACCGCGCGUCGCGGCGGGACGAGCGGGACCGGAUCGAGGCGCUGCGGGGCGGGCUGGUGCUCAACUGCCGCGGCGUGUGGCGGGUGCAGGGCUCGCUGGCGGUCACGCGGGGCAUCGGCGACGCGCACCUCAAGCCGUGGGUGGUGGCGGAGCCGGAGACGGCCACGGUGGACGUCGACGACCGCUGCGACCUGCUCAUCCUCGCCUCCGACGGGCUGUGGGACAAGGUGGGCAACCAGGAGGCCGUCGACGUCGCCGCCGCAGCAUGCUCCGGUGGUCUGCCCGCCGCGUGCCGCCGGCUAGUCGAGAUGGCGGCGGCGAGGGGAUCCACCGACGACAUCAGCGUCCUCGUCAUCAACCUGCAACGCCCUCUCCGAUGAGGUUGUAACAGAAGCUAACACAAGAAGACUACGAGAU